AUCCUACUGCAGCACACUUAUAGUCCCUUUCUGAGUUGCAGCGUGCACUUGCAACCUCGUAAAGACCUGUUAACAUUACGGCGUUAUUGAGCUCACAAUCAACCUGUUGAAAUACAACCAGCGUCAAGAGGAGGUCCUGCGUUUUUUAGUGCCACAGUUCUAAACAGUGGCAUUCAACCCCCGGAGUUUGUCUCGGCGGAACCACUUGAACUUUGCGCAACUGACCAAAAUGUGUCUUUAGUAGGUUGUAUACAACUGACCCCAUGUUCAGGGCGCGGUUCAGGGUCGCCAUGGCCCACCACACACGCAGCCCCUAGCUCACACUGAGCUGCCUCGUGAAGCUACCCAGUCGACACGCGACUCAACCAUGGUCCGCAAGGCUGUUCGCACCUACUCACAGAUCCUCACUGAUUUUGAGAAGUCGGAUGCACAUGACGCCCGCAUCCGGGCCUAUUACGAGCCCGCAACGCCGCCAGGCGGCGGCGGCGGCAACGCAGCUGCUGCUACUGCCGGUGCUACUGCUGCCACUGCUGCCGUCAGCGGCUCUGCCACUGCGACGCGGCAGCGCCCGGCCAGCGCCAGCGCCGCUAGCGUCUCCGGCGGCGGCGCGACCGGGCAGCGGCGGCACCGCUACUCGCACGUCCUGGACUGGAACGACGACAUCACCGCCAUACUCAACAUAGACAAACACGACGGCGGCGUGCGUGCCGCCAGCGCCGCCGGAGGCGCCGCCGCCGCCAGCAGCGGCCGCGCCUCCCGCGCGCUGGCUGCGGCGCUGCAGGGUGCAGUGGAGGCGGCGGCCAGCAUGAAGUUGUCACCGGCGCCCACCUCGCAGCCCGCCAGCAAGCUGGCGGAGCGGCUGCUGCGGGCCACAACCGCGCCGCUGGCGCCGCCGCCGCCGCCAGCGUCAGGGGUAGGAGGGGGAGGCGGCCUGGUGAGCACGGGCUCGCGCAGCGGCACGCCGGCAGCUAUGGGCACCGCCGGCGGCGUUCGGACGGCGUGGGGCGCAGGCACCAGUGCAGGGGAGCAAGGAGCGGCUCCGGGCUCGCCGACCGGGCGGCCGGGCUCGCCCAAACGGACAGCAGGCGGCGUGCUGACCGGCGGCGUGGGAGACCUGCACGGGGUGCCGGCUACUGGGGGCGGGCCACUACUGUCGGCAUCCGCGCGCCUGAUGUACUACGGCCACUCGCGGCAGCGGCCCACCAGCGCAGUCGGCACGGCAGCGGGUGCAGGGGCCGGCGGCGCCGGCGCCCGCGGCGCUGCCGCGGCUGGCAGCACAGGCCGUGGGGUCCGGCCCACCUCGGCACCCAUCCACGCCACCGCGCACCCGGGCGCGACGUUUCCGCUGGGCGCCGGCGCCGCGGCGCGGCCGGCCUGGGCGGUGGCGAGCCUUGGCGCUGUGGUGGGCUCCGCCCCCAACGCGGCGGCGGCGGGUGCGGCCAACACGCUCUCGCCCAAGCGCCGCCGGCCCUUCUCCGCGCGGCCCGCCAGCGGCGCCGCCAACCUGCGCGCCUCCAGCUUCCACUACCCGGGCGCCACCGCACCGGGCGCAGCUGGAGCGGCCGCGGCGGCGGCGAUGGCGGGCGCCGCCGCCUCGCCCUAUGCCGCCUCCAGCGCCGCCUACGUCAGCCGCCGCCGGCCGGCCUCCGCCUACCCAUCGCUCUCCGCCACCGGCACCGCCGCCGCCGACGGGCGCAGCCUCAGCCUCACCAUGCCGCGUGACGCCGGCGGCGGCGGUGCGACUGGCGCCGGCGCCUGGUCGCCUCCUGUGUCGCCGGGGCCCGCGGUGACCAAGUCCGUGGCUCGCAACCUUGGAGUGGACCCGCGCUCGCUAGCACUGACGCAGCCCAAGCGCGGGCCCAGCAACGGUCUGGUGGUGCGGGACCCGGUGGGGCCGCAGCUGGUGCCGGCGCGGCGGCCCGCCUCCGCCUCCGCAUCACGACCCGCGUCGGCGGCGGCCGCACGGCCGAUGUCGGCGGGCCCAGGCGGCGCGGGUGGCGCCGCCGGCGCCGGUUACACCGCUGCGUUUGCUGCAACUGGCGGCGCGGGAGGGAGCGGGCGGCUGGAGGGCAUUGUGGAAGCGGGCGAGGCCUUGAGCAGGACACACCCGCAGCACCAGCAGGGCCUGCGGCCGGAGGAGAGCGCGCUAAGCAGCCGCACAGGCAUGUCGCUCACCUCCUCCGCACCCGGCGGCGGCGUCAGCGGCAGCGGCGCGGCGGCGGCGGCUGCCGACGCCAGCCUGGCGCGGCGCCGGCACGGGGCGCUGUCGGCAGCGCGCAAGACGCUGUGGAACCGGAUCGCGGACGCGGCCGGCCUCGCGCCGUACGAAAUCCAAAGUACGGAUCCCGAGGUGCUGGCGGCGGGCGGGCCGGCGCUGGGCGGCGGCGGCGACCCCACCACGGCGGCGACGGCGGCGGCGCUGGCAGCGGGCGCUCCUGGCGGCUCGGAGUACCUGGCGGCCUAUUUAGCGCAGCAGGCGGCGGCGGGGCCGGCCGGAGGCGGCAGCGGCGCCGGCAGCCGGCUGGGCUCCCGCGGCCCCUCCACCCGCCCCUCCCGCAGCGUCAGCCCCGAGCCCUUUGGCAUGGCCAACGCCCCCAGCAUGCCAAACCGCGGCGCAGGGGCUGCUGCAGGCGCGGCAGCUGGGGUGUGGCCGACGUUUGGGCAGUUCGCGGCGUCACAGCCCUACUCGCACCUACACCCGGAUGCGGCGGCGGCGGGCAGUGGCGGCCGGGCGCAAGCGCAGGUGCAGUUGGGGUCGGGCUUUGGCACCACAGACGUGGAGUUGGUGGCUGGGUCGAGGGUGCGGGGCCCGGCAGGCGCGGCGACGCCCGCACCUGAGCCCGAGGGCGGCGCCCCGGGGGCAGCCGGCGGUCGGGAUGCGGACCCGUCUGCGCUGAUGGCGCAGGCGGCGGCGGCGGCCCGCCGUGAGCUGCUGGUGGAACGGGCGCCGGGUGAGCAGGCAUACGGCCAGGAGGAGGAGCAGGAGGAGGAGCAGGAGGAGGAGCAGGCGGUGGAGGCGAAUGAGGUGGAGGAGGAAUGGCAGCAGGCGCAGGAGGGCGGCGAGGCGGCCGGGGGCUCGGGGGCUCGGCUCCGCAAGGGCUCCGUCGUGCGGCGCCCCAGCACCCGCAACGUCCACGCCGCCGCCGCCUUUCCUGAAGACGAUGACGAUAAGGUGGAUGAGGAGGAGGGCGAGGCCCGGGCUGUGGCGCCGGGUCAGGACCGGUGUAACGGGGAGGGGCUGGCAGAGGGGCAGGCAGCGGAGGAGACGCCUGCGGACGAGGCCGACGAGGCCGAGGACGAGGCCGAGGGCGAGGAGGCAGGCAGCUACGGCAGCUACUCGGACGAGGGCGGCAGCUCGCCCGCUGGCGCCGCCGCCGCCGCGGCCGCCCGCCGCCACGUGCAGUGGGGCGCCAACGUGCACUCGCCGCGGCCCCACAGCCACCAAACCACCGCCAUCACCGCCGCCCCGGCUGCUCCUGCGGCCGCUGCGGCUGCAGCUGCCGGCAGCCACCACCGCCCGGCCUCGCCGACUGGGGGCGGCGCCAGCAGCCUCCGCCGCACCACCAGCAGCACCAGCAGCGGCGGCAGGCAAGGCGCCGCCACCGCCGCACACGGCACCCACGAGCCGCAUGGCCGCCCGCCGCGUCCCCACAGCCAAGCCCAGGGCCACAGCAGCCACGGCCACACACACGGCCGCUCGCCGCCCUCACACCCCAAGCCGGUGCCGCAGUACCCGCACCCCUCACUCAACCAGCACGCCGCCGCCGCCGCCAAGGCGCGCGCCAAGGCCCGGUCCAAGGGCGGCCGCGCGCCGGCCCGCCGCGGGGCCGUCGACGAGCUGCCCUCCGUGGAGGUCACCACCGCCGCGGGCUCCCUGGGCCGCGCGCGGCUGUCAGUGCAGGGCGGGGACCCAGGGGAGGCGGCGGCGGCGGCGGCGGCGCAAGCCGCCGCCGCGGCGGCGGCGCGGCGCGGUAGCGCCGGCGGCGGCAGCGGGCAGCAGCACCCGCAGCAGCGCAGUGUGCAUGACCUGCUGCUGCCGUCCGGUGGCGGUGCGGCUGACGAGCCGGCCUACACGGACAAGGGCUUCUACGAGCUGGUGGCGCGGGUGGAGGAGCCGGCGGAUGUGCAGGGCUGGCUCUUCAACGUCUACCUCACGGAGAUAGUGCCCGGCGAGUCCGUCGCGCGCCGUACCUGCGUGGCCGCCUGCGUCUCCGCCGACGCCCACAACCAACUCCUGGUCCCGCAACCCGCACCCCCCGCUCCCCCAUCCACCGCCCCAUCCCCCGCUUCAUCCGCCGCCGACGCCCGGCCCGGCACGGCGCUGCUCUCGCCGCCGCCCCUGCCCGCGCCUCCUGCCGUGGGGCCGCUGAUCAGUCCUGCCGACCUGUUGCCCUGGGUGUCUCGCCCGGAGCAACUGUUCGGGCACUGGCUGCGGCUGGAGGCGUACGCCAUCGCGCCGGUGGCUGAGAAGGUUGUGGACGGCGUGACCUUCAUGGGGUUGCUGGAGGACGCCCAGGACCCGCCGCCGCCGCCCAAGCUGUCCAAGCUGCAGGUUGUGGAGGUGCGGCCGGUGGGCAGUGACGCGCCGGGCUCGGGCCGCACCAGCACCAGCGGCCUGGGCGGCGGCGGCGGCGCGGGCGGAGCCGGCGGUGGCGGCGGCGCCAUGCGUUGGAGCGGCAAUGGUGGGGGGUCCGGCAUGGGCAUGGGUGUGGGUGUGGGGGGCGGGCCGUCUUUCCGCAUGAGCAGUAAUGGCGUGGGGGUUAUAACCCCGCCGUUGCGGCUCAGCAAUAGCGGCGUGGGGGCGCUGCCGCUGCCCAUGAGGCUGAGCAGCAGCGGUCAGGGCGCGCGGACCAACAGCAAUGGACUGGCGGCGGCGGCGGCGGGGAUGGUGGGCGGUGGCGUGGGCGCCCCGGCGGCGGGCCUGGCGGGUGGCAGCUUCCGUGGAGGCCGGGCGGCGGACUCGGCAGCGGCGUUUGGGACGGGAGCGGGCGCGGCGGGAGCCGCCGGCGGGGGAGUGCCGGCUCCGCGGGCGAGCAACAGCGGCCGCAGGAUUGCGAUGUGAGCUACGUGCGAGAAGGAUUGAACUUGGGGGGAGGGGUAGUUGUUGGGUGUUUGUGUAUGGGCACCGGACGCCUGUGGCAGAGGCCGCGGCGUGGGUGGCUCGCGCUGUGUGGGGUGUCGGUCGGAAUAAGCAUUGACCAGGAAUUAAUCGGGUGGCUGCAUUGUUUAGUUAGGACUUGUAAAUUGCAUUAGGCUAGGUCGUGUGAAGAGCUCGAGGCUGUGUUGAUUAUAAGGAUUGACGCUCAGGGCAUGGCGCUAAGUGGGACCCCAUGUCACAUGCCACACAGGCGUGCGUGUGGCUGGACAGACAGGCAGGCAGGCAGGGUGAUUGCUCCAUGUGCGCGUGUUACAUAUGCAACACUGUUCCGCU